AUGUGUGGAAAGAGGUCCAAAUGCUCCUUCUCCCGCCUGGAAGUGAUCCUCAUUGUUUGCCUGACAUUUUUGUUAGUGGUGACUGUGGUGCUCCUCGUCCUCCACUUUCUCUCCAAAAACAGCAACGGCAAGUUGAGCUAUUUCAGUCCGACCAUCACACCCUGCUGGAUUGUGUGUCCUGUGCACAAAGUAAGAACAAACUACUUACUGGGCGUAGGUCGAGCUGACUGCACAGGACCUGUGGCAGAAAUUCCUCUGAUGGGUUAUGCCAACCUAGACCAGGUGGGUGGCGGGCUUCUCACACACCUCUACAGUCGAGCCUUCAUCGUAGCAGAACCUGACGACUCCAGGCGAGUAGUGUUUGUCAGCGCUGACAUAGGAAUGGUGUCUCAGAGACUGAGGCUGGAGGUGCUCAAGAAACUGAAGAGCAAGUAUGGAGAACUGUACCGACAGGACAACGUCAUUCUCAGUGGUACCCACACACACUCGGGGCCUGGUGGAUACUUCCAAUACACCCUCUUCUUGAUCACUAGCAAAGGUUUAAUCAGACCAUCCCUCAAUGCUAUUGUGAACGGUAUUGUAAAGAGCAUUGAUAUAGCGCAUCAGAACAUGAAGAGAGGAAGGGUUUUUAUAAACAGAGGCACUGUAGAAAACAGCCAGAUCAACCGAAGCCCUUUCUCCUAUCUUGAGAAUCCAGCAUCUGAACGCAGCAGGUAUUCAUCCAACACAGAUAAAGACAUGGUGAUACUGAAGAUGGUAGAUGAGAAUGGACAGGAGCUAGGCCUUAUCAGCUGGUUUGCUGUGCACCCAGUCAGCAUGAACAACACAAACCAUCUUGUGAACAGCGACAAUGUGGGCUAUGCGUCGUACUUGUUUGAACAGGAGAAGAACAAGGGGAUGCUUGCUGGAGAGGGCUCUUUUGUUGCUGCCUUUGCAUCCUCCAACCUCGGAGAUGUGUCGCCCAACACCAAAGGCCCAUUCUGCGUAAACACGGGGGAGUCGUGCAAUAACCCACACAGCACCUGCCCCGUGGGAGGGGCAGCGAUGUGCAUGGCCAUGGGUCCUGGUAAUGACAUGUUUGACAGUACAAGAAUUAUAGGGCAAAAUAUCUACUUGAAAGCAAGGGAACUGUUUGAAAAUGCUUCCCAGGAGAUCACAGGACCCAUCAGCUCCGCUCACCAGUGGGUGAACAUGAGUGAUGUCUUGGUGGAGCUCAAUGCCACGCACACGGUUAGAACAUGUAAACCAGCCUUAGGACACAGCUUUGCUGCGGGGACUAUUGAUGGAGUGGGAGCGUUCAACUUCACACAAGGCUCAGUAGAAGGGGACCCGUUUUGGGAUGAAAUCCGGGACCAGCUGCUGGGUGAGCCGUCCAAUGAAACAAAAGCCUGCCACAAACCCAAACCAAUCCUCUUUAGCACUGGAGAG